UCCACGAGUAGGUGUGCAGUGUGUUGGGUGUUACAGUGCCUAUGUGUCUGUGAGUGUGUGCUUAUGCGUGUGUGAGCAAGAGAGAGAGAGAGAGAGAGGCACAUUGUUACUGGUCUGUUCCAGACACCUUCCACUCUGUGACAGAGAGCAACAAAACAAGAGGAGAAAGCCACACACAGAAGAAGAAGAAGAAGAGAGUUGGUUGCAAGAACCUUUUUGGAAGAGCCUCUUCCAACACCUGGUCUUCUUUUCCUGCAGUCUCCCUCUCCUGACGUCUCCCUCUCCUGCAGUCUGUGCGUUACCAUGGAAGACUAUGCGCUGCCCUUCUGGCUUUACAUGGGAGUGAUGUCUAUGUUUGUCGGCGGAGCCAUCAAAAAAGUGCUGGCAUCCCACAUCAGCGCGGUACCAACGCUGGUGGCCUGGCUCAGCGCCACGGUGCUGGUGGAGAGGCUGUGGUCCUUCUGCAUGCCCGCGGUCCUGGUACUGGCUGCCCUCUGCCUCGCCUGCUGCCUCUACUCUGUCAGGACUGCCCCGAUGCCCGCUCUGCCUGCCGAGGGCAAGGUUGUGUUCAUCACAGGUUGCGACUCCGGCUUCGGGAAUGCAGCCGCACGGAAUCUGGACGAGCUGGGUUUCGAAGUGUUCGCCACAGUGCUGGAUCUGUCCGGGGAGGGGGCCAGAGACCUCAAGAGGACCUGCUCCCCGCGCCUCACCCUCCUCCAGGUGGACAUCACCCAGCCACAGCAGGUUCAGCAGGCCCUACUGGACACAAAGGCUAAACUGGGACUCAGAGGUCUUUGGGGGCUGGUGAACAAUGCCGGCGUGUGCGUGAACUUCGGCGAUGCCGAGCUGUCUCUGCUGUCAAACUUCCGUGGCUGCAUGGAGGUCAAUUUCUUUGGGACUCUGUUCGUCACCAAGACCUUCCUCCCCCUCCUGCGCCAGGCCAAGGGACGCAUCAUCACCAUCUCCAGCCCCGCGGGAGACCAGCCGUUUCCAUGCCUGGCGGCAUACGGAGCGUCCAAGGCUGCCCUCAACCUCUUCAUCAACACCCUGCGACACGAGAUGGAGCCCUGGGGGGUCAAGGUUUCCACCAUCCUGCCAUCCUCCUACAAGACAGGUCAGUCCAGUAACCAGGAAUACUGGGAGAAACAGUUCAAACACCUGGUCCAGAACCUGAGUCCUUCCCUCCUGGAGGAAUACGGGGAGGAUUAUAUGGAGGAGACCAAGGAUCUGUUCCACAGCUACGCCAAGACAGCCAACGAAGACCUCAGCCCUGUGAUUGACACCAUCUCCGAGGCGCUCCUCUCCCCGCGGCCUCAUGUUCGCUACUUCGCCGGCCCAGGCGUGGGUCUCAUGUACUUCAUCUACAGCUACUUUCCCUUCAGCAUUAGCGACAGGUUCCUCCAGAAACUGUUUGUCCGAAAGAAGCUGGCACCCCGGGCCUUGAGGAAAGAAAACAGCCUGAGUUUAAACGGCCUGAACCACAAUAUAAACAACAACAACAACAUUGAGAAAGUAGACAAGUAGUCUAAACUAUAGAUGUGUGUGUGAAAAUAUAUAUAAAUAUGUGUACGAAUCUGUAGGACCACUUCUAUAACAGGCUCAUAGUGUUGUGUUUUGACGUACGUUUCGUUUUGUAUAUUUGUUUUUUACUUGUAUAUUGAAUAUGUAUUAUUGAAGGGAUCAUUGAAUUGCACCAAAAGUUUUUUUGCGUGUGUGUUUUUUUUUGUCUCGUAUAAUGUUACAUGGCAGCCAGUGAGUGUGCUCUGUGUCAGAGAAGACAAGCCUAGAGGUCAACAAGCUUGGGAUGGUAGAGCUAUCUCCAUGACAACAAACAAUUAGGCUUAGGCUAGCCUUGCUCCUGUGAGACACACACCUGUGGUCUAUGACCCUGUGCACUGUAUUAGGUGCUAGGCACAAGCUAGCUCAGUUACGAACACAUUGUAGACGACAAACUUAACAAAAUCUGCAUAUAAAAACGCACAUUUACUACUGGCAACAGCAUAUUGGUAUUUCACUGCAUGCACAGACAACACACAAAUACACACUGAAGACGUGCCUUGGUCGCAAUCAUUAUGUAUCGUAACAAUCAUUAUGACAGAAAUGUAUGUAGUGGAAUUCAUUUGUUUUGUUGCUGUUGUGGCUGAUUUGAACUAUGCCCUGCAGCCUGCUCUGAGUCAUACAGUACAGAGCAAAAGACACAAACUUGGCCUUGUUUUUGUAAAUAUGUCAUUAUCAAGUUUUUUGAUUAAUGGAUCAUAGAAAUUGAAUUUCAGAUGUUGUUUGUACUUUAUGCAUUUAUUUUUCACCUCAAUGUUAACUUGUCACUUAAAUCAGAAUAUUUAUGCCAGGUGUUUUUUAUUUUUGGUUUUACUCAUGAAUCACUUCAACUGUGAAUUUUAUAUCACAUCAUGAAAAAAUGGAUGAAAAAAAACAAACAAACAGCAAUUGUUCACUUGGUUCGUUCUUUGAUAGUAUUAAAGUUGACUUUUUCAAACA